AUGUCGGUAAGAUCGUACCUUGUGAAGUUGAAGCAGGCAUUGCACCUGCAAGCACCAAAGACUCCCUAUCGAGUUGUUACGGGCAACCAAUCAGCGGAUAUGGAUUCGGUUGUGUCAGCCAUCACAUUUGCAUAUUUGACAUAUACCCUCAAAACUCCCGAUCAGUUUAUGAUUCCCUUGAUAAACAUUCCUAGAGCAGAUUUUGUCUUGAGAAGAGAUAUCAACAAGCUUUUGCAAUACCACGACAUUUCUGAAGACCUACUUUACUUUGUUGAAGAUUAUGAAAAGUUUUUGAAAGAAAGCACUUCAAUCGAGCUCUCGUUAGUGGACCACAAUGGACUACAGGGGGUUGAGAUCAACAAGAGCUUUGACGCAGGACUUGUGAAUGUAGAGGCAAUCAUCGAUCAUCACGCAGACGAGGGAAUGUUCCAAAAUGCUAAUCCAAGAGUGAUUAGAACGUGUGGCUCAAAUUCGACGUUAGUGUUUCAAUACUUUCACAAGUUGAUAGCUGGAGAUGAAAGUUUUUGGAAAACGAAUAAGGAUGUAAUUGAGUUGUUGAUAGCUCCUUUGUUGAUCGAUACCACCAACAUGACACAAAAGGUUGAAGAUCCCGAUGUUAAGGCUUUAGAGUUUUACAAAAAAAUCCUAGAUGGUGACACUGUUAGUUUUACAACACAAUCAAGCUAUGAUGAUUUCUACAGAACGUUGAAAACAGCAAAGAAAGAUAUCAGCGGAUUUAGCUUUGCCGAAAUUUUGAGAAAGGAUUACAAACAGUUCAAGUUUAUUCAUGAAGACAGGGUUGGUUUCAGUUCCAUAGGCAAACCGUUACUGUGGGUCACAAGCAAGUUUUCGGUUGAAGAUAUCAAGAAAGAUCUAGCAAAGACUUUAGAAACAAACCAGAUUGACUUGUUAGUCAUAACAUCGUCUUUUACUCAAAAAGAGACUGGUAUUUAUACUAGAGAAUUUUGCUAUUAUUAUGAAGGAGAAAAUGUGAGAUAUGCAGACUUGUAUCAACUCGUUUGGAAGCAGCUCGAAUUGAGUACCGAUUUGUACAAAAGCGACGCUAUCAGCUCUUUGACAAACGCAAUUAAUAGUAAAGAAGCGCAUUUGAAAAUUUUCAACCAAAAGAAAGUUACAGCUACCCGAAAGCAAGUUGUCCCUAUUGUGAAGGAGGUAUUAGAAAGAUGA